AUGCCCACAGGAUCCUGUCUAUGUCACCAUCUCAGAUAUGACGAUCGCACUAAGAUAGUUAUAUCACAGGCCACUUGCUUCUGCCUAUCAUGCCGCAAAAUUAGUGGCGGGACUAACUCACUCAAUUUACUCUAUCCAGAGAAUAAGGUCCAUGUUAUUGCUGGCUCUGCUAAGCGGUACUCACAAAUCCAUGAGAGUGGCAUGAAACUCGAAAUUACUUUCUGUGGUGAAUGCGGAUGCACUAUCUACAAAACGCACGAGUCUUUCCCUGGGAAAAUCAUUAUUCUUGCAGGAACACUGGAUAACCUAGAUGGCCUUGAAGAGUCGACACCUGAGCAGGAAUUAUUUGUAAAGCAUCGUGCUUCGUGGCUCACAAGCUUGGACGGUGCCGAGCAGAAAUUGGAGUUUUAA